CACAGUAGGAAUUCUGUUUGUGAUUUCAGCCGGAGUGUAAAGUCUCAGCUGGUAAUGGAAGCGACCAGUUCCCUUGAUACUGCAGACAUUCAGUCACAGCCCACUGUCCCACUGUCUCCACAUGUUUAUGUUCCUCCCACACUGAGAGGUGAGGAGUGUUACCAUGUCUUCAUCAGCUACAGCAGCACUGACUACCAGUGGACCCACUCCCUCAUCAACCAGCUGGAGUCCCGCAGUCUGCAGGUCUGCUACCAUGAGCGGGACUUCACUCCCGGUCGCACCGUGUUGGAGAACAUGUCAGAGUGCAUCCAGGAGAGCCAGAAGGUCCUGCUGGUCCUCAGCCCAGAGUUUGUGAGGAGUCGCUGGUGUCUCCUGGAGGCCAACAUGUCUCUGUUCAGAGACUGUCUGGAGAGGAAACCCAUCAUCCCAGUGCUGCUGGAUCCAGGAGUCUCAGUUCCUCUUCACCUCUGCCAUCUCACCUACCUGGAGGCCAGUGACCACGACUUUCUGAAUAAGCUGCUCAAAGUGAUCUGCACCCCCAACCAGCAGCUUCAGGGCUCCACUGUGCUUCCUUUCCAGCCUCCCUCCAUCUACAACGGAAAGGCCCUGCAGCCUCUGUCUGCUGUCAAUGAUGAGGGACUCAAUAAAUGGGACUGUGGUCAGUUCAGUGACAUGGAGGUACCUGACCAACUGCGCCUGAUCAUUGAGGACCAAGAGCAGUACAGAAAGGCUGUGAGGAUAAUCAACAGAGUCUCUCAGAACAAAGUGGGGCUGCGACUGAUCUUGAUUACAUCACUGAUUUACGCAUUUGGUACAAUCGCUCCUGCAUUAUAUUUAAUAGCAACAACUGCAGGUGGUCUGGUAGACACCAAACAUGACACCACAAAUGUAACUGAGUCAGGUUUUGCUAUGUUUUGUGGUUGCUGUAUUCUAGUUAUGAUGGUUAUUCAGCUUGCUUUCUGGGAGAAGGAUAUUGAGUGGUACAUUGUGAGGGAGAUGCAGAAAGCUGUAGGUGAAGCAAACAUAAUCCUCUCUGAGCAGAAGGUGUUAAUGGGCUGUCAGUCCAAUUCCAAAAUUAAUCUGGUAUAUGUCAUUUUGGAUGGUUGCAAACUGGACUUUGCCGCAACAUUUUCUGAGCAGGCUGUUGCUGAGGAUAUGUUUCGUAGAGCGUUGCUCUUCUUCUCAUCGGGAUACACCUGCUGUCUUGCCAAAAGACACUUUCCUUUUCCUAUGCCUGACUCUGGAGGUCACUUGGAGGGAGGAGUGUGUUUCUGUCAGUAUGUCUCCCAGCAGCUGAGCAGAGAAGAAUGGAAGUAGGAAGAAAAGAACUUCAGGAUGUAUUGAUGAUCCAAAAGAUGUGGAGCAAAUUGUCAGUUUCAGAAAAGCUUAUUGUAACUUUGAUAACAUUACCGCUGCUUGCAUGCAGUUGCUUCAUAAUCUUAUCUGACAAAAUCCCAACCAACAACCAUCAUUUUCUGUGAGUAGACAAAGAAACCAGUGACAGCCACUAAAGUGAUAGUUUGGUUUCUCUGACAUGUGGUCAUAUUAGGCACCUAUCCAUACUUAGUGUACUAUGAAACAACUAGUAUGCAGCAACAAGGAGUAUUUCAAUCUAUCUAAAAACAGAGUCAACGAAAAAAAUCUAUAUCAGUUUAAAAAUACACUAUUUUUAGAACAUUUUCACCAUUUUUCCUUGCUGUCACUCAGCUCUUUAAUGGCUGUGAAUUUAUACUUUGACAUUAUUCUAUUCUGUGCCACCAGACUCCAUUGAAAAAAACUUCUGGUGUGAUUUUUUAAGGGAGGUUUAAAUGUUCUUUACUGGUUUUAGUCAAAAGUGUGAACUUACUGUUGAAAGUAAUCCACUGAAGAAGGUUGAAAAGGCGUAUUUUUUCAGGUAUUUUUUUCAGUUUUUACGAAUUACCUUUAUGUGAUGAGUUCAUUUGCCUAAUUUGCUUUUAUCAGAGAAACCAAAUGGGCACCAUUAAUCACCAGUAAGAUGUUACCACAGUAAACUGAUAUGGGACCACUUAGACUUCUAUGAAUAAUAGUAGUGUGUCAUGCCACUACAUCAUUGUGUGUUUGUGAAUAAGAGCAGUCCAAGUAGUAAACACUAAACGAAAUUGGUAUCUUUGCAAACAUAUGCAUAUCACUUUCACAUUCUAGUUGGCAUUUGACUCAGUGUUCUGAGGCUGAAUUCAGUUUACUUUAUCAGUCUGCUAGGGGUGCACUGUUUCUCGUUUCAUUUACAGAUUCAUAUGCAGUAAUGUCUUUUGAGCCAUUUACCAAAUGUAAGUGCAUGCAUUAUACAGUACAGUUUAUUUGUGAUUAAGGCACGUCUAGUGAAACCUUAUUACAUUUCACUGAAUUAAACCUUUGACAACAUAUUCUGCAGCCAAUAAACAUCCCUUGUACAACCUUCUCUGUUAGCGUUCAUGUGGUUUCUCCAGGAAGGAACGUGCAUUUAUAUUUUAUGUUUUAAAUCAUUUUAAUUUUACAACUAGUGUUAGCUGUCACAUUUUUGUGUUUGAUCAUAUCAGAUACCAUUUUAUUUGCUAAUUAGCUCAUUAAAAAUGUAUUACGUCGUCAGCACAGUAUUUGUUUUCUCAAAAGAAUGAGUGCGCUCCUUGCAAAAACCAUGGAGAAUGGUAACAGAGUAGGAAAACACCCAGGGCAGUUUCCUGAAAAUAAAGACAUUU